AAAAAAUAUUCUAUAAAAUCAUAUUGAAUCACACAUCCUACUAACUGCGAUCUCGCGAUGUCGUUAUUACCACGUAGUAUAAAAAAGCAUGCAAUUGAACUGGCGCGCACCAAAACAAAACCCACCUGUUUUCCUUACCUUUCCCAUGUUUUAUAUACCGUACGCGAGCGACGAAUGACGACGGCGAUGACGACGACGACGUUUACGUCGCGGCGCGUCGUGACGCGCGCUAGUUUCCGUGAGAGCACAUUUUAUGUGGGACUUACACCGGAGAGAACAUUUAGUAAUAAAACAUUACCCGCGAUCAAUAUUCUAUGCUAGUCUGUACCUAACGGUCGCCAGUGCCAGUUGUUGUCGGUCUUUUUUUCUGUAGUUAGUGCACAAGUGUCCAGUAUUUACCAAUCGCGCGAGUAUCGGACUUACAUACUUACAACGAAACCUGAUUUCGGCUACGAUCACCGUAAAUACCUACGCGGAUCGCUAUCUGAAGGAAGAACGUUAAAUCGUGUCGCCAGAGGCAGCGCAUUUUUGCCAUACAAAGACGCUACUGGACAUCAUUGAAAACAAACAUUCAUCAGUGAUAUACUUUUCGCAGCAAAAUGAGAGUCCCAACGAUGCUUUCGGAGGUGGACGAACUGCCCUCGGUGCAGCUCGGUGACUACAUACUGCGGUUUGAGCUGGAAGAUUUAACACCCUUCGGCAGGGAGGUGGCCUUGCGGGAGCUACGCGAGACGCCAGAAAUCAGAGACAAAGCCAUCGCCGAGCUGCGGGAGCUGCUGAAAGCUCAAGAUGAUCUGGUGGUUCCCCUGGACAAUGAAGACUGGAUGGUCCGGUUCCUGAGGCCCUGCAAGUACUACCCGAAGAGUGCUUACGAACUCAUCCAGCGCUACUAUCAGUUCAAGGUUAAACAUUGGGACAUGUAUUUGGAUUUGAGCCCAUCACGUGAGGUCAACAUAUUCAAGCAGAACAUUCUAGCUGUCUUUCCAAACCGGGACCAACUGGGACGACGAAUUCUGCUGCUCGAGCUGGGUAAACCAUGGAAACACAAGGAAGUCUCGCUGGAUGAGGUUUUCAAAGGAAGUGUGCUAUUCCUGGAGGCAGCAAUGCUGGAACCGGAAACCCAAGUACACGGCGCUGUCGUAAUCUUCGACAUGGAUGGUUUAACCAUGCAACAGGCGUGGCAGUUUACGCCUCCGUUCGCGAAACGGAUCGUAGAUUGGCUGCAGGAUGCUGUACCUCUGCGCAUCAAAGGCAUUCACAUUAUCAAUCAACCAAAGAUUUUCAACAUAGUUUUCGCUUUGUUUAAACCAAUUCUACGGGAGAAACUUCGCAAUCGCAUCGUGUUUCACGGUUCCGAUCGAGAGUCACUCUACAAACACAUUUUAAAGGAAUGCCUUCCGCAGUGCUAUGGCGGUACAGUGGAUGCGCCACGUGUCCAAGGUGAACAGUGGUACGAAUUGCUGCUGAAAUGUGACGGCGAAUACACCGCUAUAAACAAAUACGGCUAUGUGAGGCAGAUGGAUGAAAUACGAAUAAAGAAAAGCAAGAAGAAGUGAAUCAUAGACGGAAUAUUUUUUGGGCGAAAAUGACAAAUCGAAAACUAUCGAUACCAAGAAACGGAAAUGUGAUGAAUAAUCAGGCUAAGCAAAUCUAUAUUUAAUUGCAGUAGCUUUUACACGAAAAAAGUACGAGCACAAAUGAACUUCUAGGGCCCAAUCAUUCCUACUGUUAAAGAAUCUUUUAUAUUUAUUAGUUUUUCCAUUCGUGGUUUUCGCUAAGCUUAGCCAACACGAUUAGAGAUAUACUUUUCGAGAAUAGAAUAUCGAAAACCGAAGAAAUGCAGUCAAGGUUAGACCUAAGUAGAUAGGUGUUAUGUUAAACGGUGAAUCAAAAGUGCUUAAAAUCUAUUACAAUUCAAUAAACGAAACGAAUCUCAGUUUAGACUAACUUUUGUGAAAUUGUUCAUUAAAGUCUACUAAGAUACAAUUAUUCCGAACUAAACGUAGUAUAUUUCGCAGGGUAAUUCAUAUAGUAAAUUAUUCAAAUAAAAUUCAAUAAAGUUUUUAAAAUAUGGUUGUUAGUAAUUCAAUAUGUACAAAAAUAAACGCACAUUCAUUUGAA